AUGUCUUCUGGUCUGGUCUUAGAAAAUACGGCACGUAGAGAUGCGUUGAUUGCCAUCGAAAAGAAAUAUCAAAAAAUAUGGGCUGAAGAACAUCAAUUCGAAAUUGAUGCUCCAUCAAUUGAAGAUGAGCCCAUCACUAUGGACUCUGAAGAAUUGCACCGCAAAUACCCCAAGUUUAUGGCAUCUAUGGCCUAUCCUUACAUGAACGGUGUUUUACACGCCGGCCAUUGUUUCACUCUUUCCAAAGUCGAAUUUUCUAUCGGUUUCGAAAGAAUGAAUGGUAAGAGAGCUUUGUUCCCAUUAGGUUUCCACUGUACUGGUAUGCCAAUUCUAGCUUGUGCUGAUAAGUUAAAGAGAGAAGCCGAAUUAUUUGGUGACAACUACGACAAUGUACCAGCUGAAGAAGAAGAAACUAACGAAGAAACUCCAGUCGAAAAAGAACAUGAGGAUGUCACUAAGUUCAAAGCUAAGAAAUCAAAGGCUGCUGCCAAAAAAGGUCGUGGUAAAUAUCAAUUUGAGAUUAUGUUACAACUUGGUAUCCCAAGAGAACAAAUUAUCCAGUUUGCCGAUGCUAAGUAUUGGUUAACUUAUUUCCCACCUCUAUGUGAAAGUGAUUGUAGCUCGCUGGGUUCCCGUAUUGACUGGAGACGUUCUUUUGUCACUACCGAUGCUAAUCCUUAUUAUGAUGCUUUCAUCAGAUGGCAAAUGAACAAAUUAAAGGCUGCAGGUAAGAUCAAAUUUGGUGAACGUUACACCAUCUACUCAGAAAAAGAUGGUCAAGCUUGUAUGGACCACGAUAGACAAUCGGGUGAAGGUGUUACACCGCAAGAAUAUAUUGGUGUUAAAAUCGAAGCUUUGGAAUUCGCCGAUGAUGCUGCAGCAAUCAUUGACUCUACUUCCGCCAUUGACAAAUCUAAGAAGUUCUACUUUGUCGCCGCCACCUUGAGACCUGAAACCAUGUACGGUCAAACGUGUUGCUUCGUCUCUCCAACAAUUAAAUACGGUAUUUUCGAUGCUGGUGACUCUUAUUACAUUACUACUGAACGUGCAUUCAAAAACAUGUCAUACCAAAAGUUGACACCAAAGAGAGGCUUCUACAAACCAGUUGUUGCCAUUCCUGGUAAGGCCUUCAUUGGUACCAGAAUCCAUGCUCCACUAUCCGUAUAUCCAGAAUUAAGAAUUUUACCUAUGGAAACUGUCAUUGCCACUAAGGGUACCGGUGUGGUCACUUGUGUUCCAUCUAACUCCCCAGAUGACUAUAUUACUACCAAGGACUUGCUGCACAAGCCAGAAUAUUACGGUAUCAAAUCUGAAUGGAUUGACCAUGAGAUCGUUCCAAUUAUGCGUACUGAAAAGUAUGGUGAUUUAACUGCCAAAGCCAUUGUUGAAGAAAAGAAAAUUCAAUCUCCAAAGGAUAAAAAUUUAUUGGCAGAAGCCAAAAAGAUUGCUUACAAAGAAGAUUACUAUACUGGUACUAUGAUUUAUGGUCCUUACAAGGGCGAAAAGGUCGAAGUUGCCAAAAAUAAGGUCAAGGCUGAUAUGAUUGCUGCAGGUGAAGCUUUCGUUUACAACGAACCAGAGUCUUUAGUAACGUCUCGUUCUGGUGAUGACUGUAUUGUUUCUCUGGAAGAUCAAUGGUAUGUUGACUAUGGUGAAGAAAGCUGGAAGAAACAAGCCAUUGAAUGUUUGGAAGGUAUGCAACUAUUUGCUCCUGAAGUGAAGAACGCUUUCGAGGGUGUUUUGGAUUGGUUGAAAAACUGGGCCGUUUGUCGUACUUAUGGUUUGGGUACUAGGUUACCUUGGGAUGAAAAAUACUUAGUUGAAUCUUUAUCGGACUCUACUAUUUAUCAAUCAUUUUAUACUAUUGCUCAUUUGUUAUUCAAGGAUUACUUUGGUAAAGAAAUCGGUCCAUUAGGCAUCUCAGCAGACCAAAUGACCGAGGAAGUAUUUGACUACAUUUUCCAGCAUCAAGACGAUGUUAAGGAUUCUGAUAUUCCGUUAGUCUCCUUGCAAAAGUUGAGAAGAGAAUUCGAAUACUUUUAUCCAUUAGAUGUCUCUAUCUCUGGUAAAGAUUUGAUUCCAAAUCAUUUAACUUUUUUCAUCUAUACUCAUGUCGCAUUGUUCCCAAAGAAAUUCUGGCCAAAGGGUAUUAGAGCCAAUGGUCAUUUGAUGUUGAACAACGCCAAAAUGUCUAAGUCCACUGGUAAUUUCAUGACUUUAGAACAGACUGUCGAAAAGUUUGGUGCAGAUGCUUCUCGUAUUGCGUUUGCCGAUGCUGGUGACACUGUUGAAGAUGCCAAUUUUGAUGAAUCUAAUGCCAAUGCUGCUAUUUUAAGAUUAUUCAACUUGAAGGAAUGGGCAGAGGAUAUUACCCAGCAUCCCUCUCAUUUGAGAACCGGUGAAAUAACUGAUUUCUUUGACAUCGCAUUCGAACAUGAAAUGAAUGCUUUGAUCGAAAAGACUUACGAACAAUAUGCUUUAACUAAUUAUAAGAAUGCUUUGAAAUACGGUCUUUUUGAUUUCCAAGCUGCUAGAGAUUACUACCGUGAAGCUAGCGGUACCAUGCAUAAAGAUUUGAUUGCCCGUUACAUUGAAGCACAAGCCUUAUUGCUGGCUCCAAUUGCUCCACAUUUUGCUGAGUACAUGUACCGUGAAGUUUUAGGCAAGCAAAGUUCUGUACAAAAUGCUAAAUUUCCACGUGCUUCCAAGCCAAUAGAUAAGGGAGUUCUGGCCUCUUUGGAUUACUUAAGAAAUUUACAAAGAAGUAUUAGAGAAGGUGAAGGUCAAGCACUAAAGAAGAAAAAGGGUAAGUCUGCUGAAGUUGAUGCAUCCAGGCCAGUUAAGUUAAUUUUAUUAAUUUCUGAAUCUUUCCCAGAAUGGCAAUCACAAUGUGUUGAAGUUGUUCGUAAAAUGUUUGCUGAACAAACUUUAAAUGAUAACAAGAAGAUCAGAGAGUACGUCGAACCCAAGGAAAUGAAGAGAGCUAUGCCAUUCAUUUCUUUGUUAAAGCAACGUUUAGUUAGUGAAAGCCCAGAACAUGUCUUUGAAAGAGAAUUGCAAUUCAAUGAAAUUGACACCGUUAAAGCUGCUGCUAAGAAUGUUGAAAAGGCUGCUCAAGCUUUGAAAAUUGCUGAGUUCAGCGCAAUUUCUUUCCCAUAUGGCGCUAAGACUGGUAAGGAUAUAUUUACUGGUGAAGAAGUUGAAAUCCCACCUGUAACAAAGAUUGUUGAAAACGCUGUUCCAGGUAAUCCAGGUGUCAUUUUCCAAAACAUGUAA